GUCAUUGAAACAUCCAAAGGUUCACUCACUGUGGAGCUUCAUAAGGAUUCCUCCCCAGAGGUUGUGGACAAGUUCCUUGAUUUAUGUCAAAAAGGAUACUUCAAAGGAAUGCGUUUUCAUCGUGUAAUAAAGCACUUUGUUAUUCAAGGUGGGGACCCUCACAACCUUGGUGCUGCUGAAGAAUGGGCUCUCCAUAGAAAAUCCAAUAGUCAGCUUGAGACAAGCCCUAAGCACGAGGCUUUCAUGCUUGGAACUUCAAAAACAAAAGCAAAUGAUAAAGGAUUUGAGAUCUUUAUUACGACUGCACCAAUUCCUGACCUAAAUGAUAAGCUUAAUGUGUUUGGGCGGGUCAUCAAAGGCGAGGAUGUUGUACAG